CGGGCACCACGAGUACGACGAGAAGGCCGAGCGCCAUUGCAGCGACGAUCGAGCUGCUUAGCCGGUGGCGCCCAAUGGAAGCCGCAGGUUGGCCGGAGCCGGUGGUGCGGGUGCAGUCGCUGUCGGAGAGCGGCGCGGCCACCAUCCCGGACCGCUACGUGAAGCCGGUGCACGACCGCCCGUCCGUCAACAACAGCACCACCAGCGGCAGCGUGAGCAUCCCCGUGGUCGACCUGUCGUCGCUGGACGGGAGCGCGGCGACGGCGCGGGCGGUGUCGGAGGCUUGCCGGGAGUGGGGCUUCUUCCAGGCCGUGAACCACGGCGUGCCGCGUGAGCUCCUCCGCCGCGCGCGCGCCGCGUGGCGCGGGUUCUUCCGCCUCCCCGUGGAGGCCAAGCAGAGGUACGCCAACUCGCCGGCGACCUACGAAGGGUACGGCAGCCGGCUCGGCGUGGAGAAGGGCGCCGUCCUGGACUGGGGCGACUACUACUUCCUCCACCUCCGCCCACCCAGCAGCCUCUCCGCCGCCGACAAGUGGCCCCACCUCCCUCCCGACCUCCGGGACGCGACGGAGGAGUACGGGAGGGAGGUGGCCUCGCUGUGCGAGCGGCUGAUGGAGGCGAUGUCGGCGGGGCUGGGCAUCAAGCCGGGGAGGCUGCAGGAGGAGUUCGGCGGGGCGGAGGGCGCCGGGGUGUGCGUGCGGGUGAACUACUACCCGCGGUGCCCGCAGCCGGAGCUGACGCUGGGGCUGUCGUCGCACUCGGACCCCGGGGGCAUGACGGUGCUCCUCGCCGACGAGCGCGUGAGGGGCCUUCAGGUGCGCGGCCGCGGCGGCGAGUGGGUCACCGUCGACCCCAUCGCCGACGCCUUCAUCGUCAACGUCGGGGACCAGAUCCAGGUGCUGACGAACGCGACGUACCGGAGCGUGGAGCACCGGGUGAUGGUGAACGCGGACGCGGAGCGGCUGUCGGUGGCCAUGUUCUACAACCCGAGGAGCGACCUGCCGCUGGCGCCCAUGGCGGAGCUGGUGUCGCCGGGGGCGCCGGCGCUGUACAAGCCCACGACCUUCGACGAGUACCGCCUCUACAUCCGGCGGAAGGGCCCCCGCGGGAAGAGCCAGGUCGAGUCGCUCAAGGCCCAUGGCGACAGAUGAUGAUGGUGAUGAUGGUGAUAUAUCCACCUGCAUGACGGAGCCUCCAAUAAUAAAAAUGUCUAGCUGGUGGUGAGCGUUCAAUUAGAACGGUAUACAUCUCCAAACGAGGAGAUGCGAUGCGAUGUUUGUACUACUAGCAGUUUCUGGAACGCAGACGCCGGUGGCACUUUCUCCUUUUCGAAAUAAAUAAAUAAUAUAAAAAAAGGAGAAAUGGAAGUCCAAAAGAUGAUGGAUAGCGAUGAGGAGGAAAGAACUUGCCGAGACGCAUCGAUCCGUCCAGUUGAUGCGAGAAACAAAAUAUUCCCGGUCUCCAUCACAUGCACGUGAACACCAUCGCUCCUAAAGCGUUUUGUCAAAGACAUGCGCGUGGUGCAUCGAUCGCAUCUUAUGCUGGAA